AUGAGCGAUGUUGUGGAGAAGACGCUGACUGCUCUGCCAAGCCUCCUCUCGUUGGACUCUCAACCUGGUUCUGCAAAACUGUCCACUCACUCCAAACUAGGAAAUCUCAUCAGAGGAAUUACUGAGCUGACGUCCAAACAUGAGGAGGAAAAACUUAUUCAGCGUGAGCUGUCGUCAAUCAAAGAACAAGUUUCCUCUCCAAGCACCACCAUGAGGCAGAUGAAGGAACUCAUGGUGAGAUCAAUCUAUUGUGAAAUGUUGGGCUACGAGGCUUCGUUUAGCUAUAUUCACGCCAUUAAACUAGCGCAGCAAGGCAACGUCCUGGAGAAGAGAGUUGGUUACCUUGCUGUUUCCUUGUUUUUGAAUGAAAGUCACGAGCUGCUGCUUCUCCUGGUAAACACAGUGUUAAAGGAUCUUCAGAGUACAAACCUUAUUGAAGUGUGCAUGGCUCUCACAGUUGUCAGCCAGAUGUUUCCCAAAGACAUGAUCCCUGCAAUCCUCCCUUUGGUGGAGGAAAAGCUCAAUCACUCCAAAGAAAUAAUUAGACGAAAAGCUGUCCUGGCACUUUAUAAGUUCUACCUGAUAGCACCAAAUCAAGUUCAGCAUAUUCACAACAAGUUUCGUAAAGCUCUAUGUGACAAAGACCCUGGUGUGAUGUCAGCUUCACUGCACAUCUUCUUACAGUUGAUCCAGGAGAAUUCAGAAGCUUAUAAGGACUUGACAGCAAGUUUUGUCACCAUCCUGAAGCAAGUUGUGGCAGGCAAGCUGCCCAUGGACUUUAACUAUCACUGUGUUCCUGCUCCCUGGCUUCAAAUUCAUCUUCUCAGAAUACUUUCUUUACUUGGAAAAAAUGACCAGAGCACAAGUGAGAUCAUGUAUGAAAUCCUUGAUGAGUCAUUGCAAAGAGCAGAGAUGAACCACAACAUCACAUAUGCAAUUUUAUAUGAGUGUGUAAGAUGCAUUUACACGAUUCAUCCUAAAUCUGACCUUUUGGAAAAAGCUGCAAAGUGCAUUGGCAACUUUGUUAUGUCUCCGAGGAUAAAUCUAAAAUAUCUUGGCCUGAAGGCUCUCACCUAUGUGGUCCAACAGGAUCCAAAACUAGUCCUGCAGCAUCAGAUGACCAUCAUUGAGUGUCUUGAUCAUCCGGAUCUUAUUAUAAAACGGGAGACGUUGGAGUUGCUCUUUCGUAUCACAAAUGCCCAGAAUGUCACAGUGAUAGUGGAGAAGAUGCUGGAUUUUCUACGCGUCAGUAAAGAUGAUCACACCACCAUAGACUUGGUGGGAAAGGUGGCAGAACUGGCAGAAAAAUAUGCACCAGACAAUGAAUGGUUUAUUGAGACCAUGAACACAGUGUUUUCAGUUGGUGGAGACAUGAUGCAGCCAGACAUACCAAACAGUUUCCUUAAACUGUUAUUGGAGGGAUUUGACAGUGUGGAGGAGGACAAGAAGUUGAGGCUCUUUGCUGUGAAUUCCUACGUUUCUCUGCUGCAAGGAGAGCCCAACAAACUGCCACAGCGCUUCCUUCAAGUCAUCUGCUGGGUACUCGGAGAGUACUCUCAUUUGAGCAAGGAUGUUGAGCCUGACGUCCUCCUGAGACUGCUGGUCAAACUGUUGGACACGAAGAGCUGCAGCAAUGAAACCAAGACCUGGGUCCUCAUGGCGAUGACCAAGCUCUGUUCAGGUGGAGCAGCUCUCUCUGUGGCUCAUGAGGUUUCUGAAAUGUAUGGCAGCUCCAUGGACACUGUGCUGAGACAAAGAGUGCAGGAGCUGCAGCACCUCAGCCAAGACGCUCAACUACAAACCAGGGUGUUACCUCAGUGUGCCAGCCACAAGCCUGUAGAGGUGGAUUCCUCGCUGUCAUUUCUGGAUGGAUUUGUGUCGGAGGCGUUGGCUGCAGGCGCCGCUCCUUACAAGCCUCCCCAUCAAAGGCAGGAGGAAUUGUCUCGAUCAAAAGCCCUGAGUUUGGAGCCGUACGGCUUGUCCCUGCCCAUCAGCAUGUCCUCCUGCAGCGUCACAGACAGACAGUCUCCCACCCUGUUGUCCAUGAGCUCCGGUCUGUCAGGUGACAGCACUGAGCUCUCACACAAAGGCAGCUCCACAACUUUGAAGCUGGAUGGUGUGAAGAGGGUGUGGGGGAGAGAAGGUUAUCUGGCCCAGAAAGAACCUGCAGAGGAAGCUGCUCAGGUCGAGGCCUCCAGUCCACUCCAGUCCUCCAGUCAGAAAGCUGACGAGGACAGCUCUCACAGCCAGACUCCAACACAAACACCUGACAGUGAACACGAGAAACAGCAGCUGGCAUCCUCUCUUUUUGUCGGGCUGGCCUCCCAGAGCUCUGGAUCUGUGGGGGGUAAGUCUGAGCAAACGUCCCAGCGAUUCAGAAGAAAAGCCAGAAAUCAAGACAAACCCUUGUCCUCCAGUGAGCAUUUAACCAACCUGCUUGUUUCACCUUCCGGCAGUGCAGAUAACUUGUUGCUGGACUCCAACAGCUCCUCAGACCUAAUCUCUUCACCUGAACAGACACAUGUCCACUCUCUGGACCUCACUGCUGCUAACGGCACCUGCGACGCAGAAGCAGAGCUGCCUGACAGAGACGUGAAGGGACUAAAAUCUCCUCUCAGUAGAGAUGCAUCGGUUCCAGCAGCUGACUUUACUCCACAUGAGGAUCCCGACAGACGUAAAGACUUGUGUCUCACAUCUCAUCUUCCAGCUGCACUUUCUGGACUUUCUCAUUCAGAAGUCACUCUUGUAUGCUCCGAUCAAAGCCUGGAUCUCUCAGCCUGCCAUGUGCAGAAAGACGAGUCCAUAGAGUUUGUUGUUUUCAUUAAAAACUCCUCAGACUCUGCUGCACACCGGGUUCAAGUGCAAAUCAACUGUGAGGAACUGGAGGUAUCCUGUGUGUGUGACAGUACAGCAGAGGAAUUAAAAAGCAACAGUGUAACAGUGUGUCAGUAUUUCCUCACUGUGAAGAGGCCCUCGGUUUCUUUUGAGCUCGUUGGGAUGGUUUAUUACCAGAAGCCUGCUGGGUCGCUUCAAACAGCCCAGUUUUCAUACAAACUUCCUCUAACGAGCUUCAUCAGACCUUUGGCGGUGUCCACAGAGGAGUACGGGACAAUGUGGCUGGCCUACUCUCACGACACGAAGCAGAACCUGCCCCUGAUGAGCGGCGAGGACGAGCCUCUCACAGCGACUCUGAACGUGCUGAAGACAAAACUUCAGCUUCAUGUUGUAGAAAUUAUCGGUAAGGAAGGGAUUGUAGCUUGCUGCCUCCGCCCGGAUCAGCCGUGCCUCGUGCAUUGUCGUGUACACGCCGGCAUGCUGGCUGUGUGGCUCCGCUCCCCUGUCCCCGACCUGCCUGACUGCCUUCUGUACCACUGUCAGAGAGCUCUGCAGGAGCACUGAGCCUCCUGCUGCCAUCACGAGGGACUGACCAACCACUGAGGAGCAAUACCACGGACCUGCAGAGCAGGAUGGAGCUGAGAGCUGCUGCAGCCAGGAUGGUUUCAGCUCUCAUACUGUUCAGC